AUGUCUGGCGCCGAGGUCAUCGGACUUAUUUCUGGAAUUAUAGGCAUAGUCGACGUAAUUAUCAAGGUAUACGGGGCAGCGAAAGAUGCAACUGGACUUCCGAGUUCAUUCCGUGUAGUGGUCAGAAGAUUACCACUGAUAAAGGAUACUUUGGAAACCGCGGCGGGAGGAUUGGAUGAGACGGAAAGCGAAGUAUACUUCGCUGCACUGAAGGGCGUUCUUGAGGCAUGUGGAGAGAAAGCCGAUGCUCUCGAGAAGAUUUUCCGCCGCGUCAUGGUUGACCAAGAUGCCACGAGAGCGGAACGCUAUGCCGCAGCAGUACGAACCCUUGGCAAGGGGCGCAAGGUUGAAGAUCUCAUGGAUGGUGUUCUAGGCGACCUGCAGACCUUAUCGGCAAGUUGUGCCGUCAGGGCAGCAACUAGGACUCAGCUGCGCAGUUUGGUUGAAGAGAGUAAGAACAUAUCAGAAAAAGGCCUGGAGGACAAGCAGUCCCCCUUCAUUGGAAAUUACGGGACAGGGCCCCAGAGCAUUCACACUGGUAAUGGCGAUCAGAACGUCAAUAUCGGGUCAGGUGCCCAAUUCAAUGGAAAUUUCACGGGGCCGUUCACUUUCUCGUCUCCUGCGAAUUGUUGA